AUGUCUCUACCCGUGCUCUCACGGCCUCUAGCCGACCCGCCGACGGGUGCGCUCCCUCCCAUUCCCACCGGCAAACCUCCAAGGAAGAGUUUACCCCAGACUCCAUCUAGACUGAAAGCUCCCUCGAGGACUUCAGCAAUACCAACACCGCAGGCUGUGCAAUCGGCCACGGAAUCCUCACCCGAAAAACCCUCGGGAAUACCUGCAAAGGCUGUACGAAAAACUGUCAGCAUUGGUUCUUUUCCACAACCGCCAAAUGCUGGCUCGCGUCCGCCUACUUCGGCCUCAAUGGCCUCGAUCACGUCAACGAAAAAGAGGGUCUCUGACGGCGGACACAGUACGCCAAAUGCCUCGGUCAGAUCCAAGAAAUCUCCCAGAACUAGCGUCGCAGCGAGCUUUCGUUCAUCUCAAACUCCCAGUCUCUUGAACUCGGCCGGUGAUGGAAUGACCAUUUCGGCCAAGUUUGGAAAGAGAACAUCAGACGCACAAUCGAGCGUCCAUUCUCCACCUCAAAGUCGAAGCUCAUCGGCCAAUGGAUCUUACUCAACUAGCGCCACGACGAUCGAAGAAGGCGAGGAGGACAGUCGAGGUCGGACGAAAGAACUGGAUGAAGGCCUGGCUGAAUCGAAACGAAAUUCAAAGGGGAAAGAGGUCAAAGGCAACGUCAUUGUCAGCGUCCGUGUCCGCCCCGACGCAGGGGCACAAAACAAUGCUCAAACCGAAGGAGAGUGGAUGGUGGACGGCCGAAGAGGUCUGGUUGCGUACCGCGGAAAAGAAGGCGGGGAUUAUCAUCUCGAUAACGUUUUCACCACACACGACGAUAACGCCAAAGUCUACGAUGCCGCAGCCAAACGGCUGGUACGUCGAGUCAUGGAAGGUUAUCAUGGGACCGUGUUUGCGUACGGCAUGACAGGGACCGGCAAGACAUUUUCAAUGCAGGGAACUAUGAGCAGCCCUGGUGUGAUUCCACUGGCAAUCACCGAUAUCUUUUCCUACAUCAGAGAGACGCCACACCGCGAAUUCCUCCUGCGAGUCAGCUACCUCGAGAUCUACAACGAGAAAAUUCACGACUUGUUGGCCGUGCCCGUUGGCGGAGGUGUCGCCCAGCAACAAGAAGAAAUCAAGCUGCGUGAAGACAGCAAACGCGGUGUAUACGCCACGCCUUUGAAGGAAGAGAUUGUACAGAGCCCAACCCAGCUGCUGCGGGUGAUCCAUCGAGGUGACACUGCUCGUCGUACUGGAAGCACCCAAUUCAAUGCGCGAAGUUCUCGAAGUCACGCAGUGGUCCAGAUUGUGGUUGAGAGCCGAGAGCGAAUACCAGGAUCAGGUUCCUUGCAGGAAAAUGGGAAACGUGUAGCCAUGUUGCCCGGUGGUGUUCGAGUCUCGACGCUGAGCUUGAUCGAUCUUGCAGGGUCAGAGCGAGCGGCUGAGGACAAGGAACGCCGUGCCGAGGGAGCCCACAUCAACAAGUCUCUGUUAACCUUGGGGACGGUCAUCGCCAAACUGUCAGGCAAUCGCGACAAGAACGGCAAUCCCACAGACAAGGACGGAAAGCACCUGCCAUACCGAGACAGCAAGCUCACCCGGUUGCUCCAGCCCGCACUCUCCGGGAAUUCGCUGGUCUCGAUUCUGUGCACCAUCCAAAUUGGAGCUGGGUUGACAACCGCGGGCAGCAACCACACGGGCGAAACGCUAAACACCCUGAAAUUCGCCGCUCGUGCAAAGAACAAUAUUGUCAGCCAUGCUAAGCGAGCCGCGGAGGAGCUGGGCAGCGUCAAUGCAGGUCUCUUGGAACGAUAUCGAGCUGAAAUAGCAAACCUCCGAUCUCAGCUGGAGGGACAGCAAAAGUCUGCCGCGGAGAAGGAAGAGCGGCAGCUAGAGAAAGAAGCCGAGCAACGCCACGAGGAACAGAUGCUGGAGAUGCAGUUGGCCCGCACGGCCCUCAAGGAGCGAAUCGAGCAUCUGAACCGUCUGAUUCUGUGUUCCAAGUCGACUGGCGUUAAUAGCGGCACAGUCUCGGCCUUGGGUAUGCACUCGCGGCUCUCUGGAGGGACGGAAUAUGCGGGUUCACGGUCGGUGCGGUCGUCAGCCAGCCAAUCGACUCUGGGCGUAGCACCAAGUCUCGGUCGACAUCCGUCGGUGGCUUCCCUGGGAGGGGUGGCCUCGGCUUCCGGGCAUCUUUCGUUUUCGGCGGUCCCAGACGAGGACGAAGAGGGCAGCACCGACUUUGGCGAGGGGAGAGCGUCCUUGCAGGCUCAGGUACGCGCUCUGCAGGCCGAUCUGCAGGACAAGACACGGUACAUUUCGACUCUGGAGAAGAGACUGCUGCAGGCCCGCCGCUCCAGCCACUCCCGAGUAUCGAUGGCGUUUAACAAACCCGCGGGCGACGAUGGCGAAAUACAAAGACGAUUGGACGAAAAGGACGCAAUGAUCGCGGACCUGCAGAAGACUGUUGCCGCCCUUCGAUCUGCGGUGCGGAAGCGCGAGGUAGCCGAGCUGACGCCCGAGACAUCCUCUUCCGAGUUCAAGCAGAACCGUGCACAAGCAGGACACCAGAGCACCAGUAGCAACAGUAGCUCUCAGCUCAGCGUCUCCACCCAGCCGGUGUUGUCCAGUGGACCACGAUCGCCACUGACGACCAGUCCCAUGACCAUUCUUUCCCCUCAAAAAGCCAUGGACAAGAAGCGCAAGACGGUGGACGAAAUGUCGCGGAUGCUGGACGAAAUGAUCCAGGACAAGGUCGAGAGUGGCCAGCUGAACCGGCGGUCAUCAUCGGUGCGGGUUCCCGACCGAGGCUCGUCUUCGGCGCGCCGCCAUUCACGACGACUCUCGAUGACGGGUAGCAACGGUGCUACAGUGGGAAGUAUGGUAGCAUCGCUGAGAGAGGAAAACUCGGUUGAAGAAGUCAAGGACCCGAGUUGA